UUGAUCUUUUUCUUUAAUUAUCUGCGUAGUUUUCUUUUGGAAAUUAAAUGGCGAGUUGUCCAGAGAGGCGAGUAAUGGUGUUAGCCAUGGAUGAACAUGAGCAUAGCAAUUAUGCCUUGGAGUGGACCCUAGACCAUUUUUUCACCCCUUUUGGUGCAAAUGCUCCUUUCAAUCUUGUAAUUGUCAAUGCAAAACCCUCUCCCCCGGUGGGCGUCAGUAUGGCAGGACCAGGGGCCCUUGGCUCUGAAAUUUUCCCUGCCGUGGCGGUGCAGCUCAAAGUGAUUGCUGAUCAAAUUACAGAAAAGGCAAAACAAAUUUGUGCCAGUAAAUCGGUUUUUGAAGUGCUAGUGGAAGUGGUCGAAGGUGAUGCUAGGAACGUGCUGUGUGAUGCUGUAGAAAGACACCACGCAUCCGUAUUGGUUAUGGGUAGCCGCGGCUACGGAGCUAUCAAAAGGGCGGUUUUAGGAAGUGUGAGCGACCAUUGUGCUCGUCAAGCUCAGUGCUCGGUGAUGAUUGUGAAGAGGCCCAAGUUCAAACAUUAAGCCGCUCACCGCCUUCAUAUUGUACUGGAUUUAUUAUAAACAGAAAGAAGCAUUGUGUCUCUAUAUUUUAAAAGUAAAAAAUAAAAUAAAAAAUAGUAAAAAAGGUAAAAUAGUUAUUAUUUUUAUAGAAAAAUCUGUUAAGCACAAUUUUACAGUUAUUAAUGGUUAUUUUGUGUUUAAGUUUC